AUGAAGGUCUCUGCUUCGGUUACGGCCACCAUGGCGCUAGGCGCCUCGGCCGCUGGCACAUUGAACUACACAGAUAGCUACACUGGAAUCUCCUUUUCAGGAUACAGCGAUGGAAAGGGCUAUCUUUUUGGUAUGGCUCUGCCCGAGACGGUCGGCACCGACGCCAUCAUCCAGCUCGUUGCCCCGGCCACCGAUGGCGCAGGUUGGGCCGGUUUUGAUUUCGGUGUCGAGAUGGCCAACAAGCUGCUGCUGUGUGCUUGGCCCAACGGUGACUCCAUCGUCACGGCAGCACGCAUUGCUACUACAUACGCCAACCCUACAGCUUACACAGGCGAUGUAUCAUUCUACCCCAUCGAGGAUGGUACCUAUGUCAAUAGCACUCACUACUCGGCAACCUUCCUCUGCUCCGGGUGCAUCACAAACGAUGACGAUACCUUCCUCACCACCGAUACAAACGCCAUCCUCGGAUGGGCAUACUCGGACACUGCCCCGACAACCCCCAGCGACACUUCUUCCGCCUUGAACUACCACUCGGCUGGUUUCGGUGGUUUCGGCAUGACUCUAUCGUCCGCCAUGAACGCCAACUACGACACAUGGGCCGCUCUGGCAAGCUCGACUGCUUCGUACCCUGCCGCUUCGACCGGAAGCAACUCCACCACUGGCGGUAACUCCACCACUGGCGGCAACUCGACCACCUCUCACAGCGUCACUUACGCCGACGAGAGCUACGACUACAUCAUUGCCGGCGCCGGUCCCGCAGGUCUCAUCGUUGCUGGCAGACUUGCAGAGUCUGGUGCUUCGGUUCUGCUCAUUGAGCGUGGUGGUGCCUCUACUUACUCCACUGGUGGUGAUGCUACUGUCUCCUGGAACAGCAGUGUUACUCAGUACGAUGUCCCUGCCGAGGCCUACUACCUUUCCAGUGCCUCGCAGACUGACGAGUACUGCACGGACACUGCUUCCAUGGCUGGAUGUAUCCUGGGUGGUGGUGGCAUGGUCAAUGCCCUGAUGUACGUCAAGCCUCAGGACAAGGACUUUGAUGACAACUGGCCCACCGGCUGGCAGUCCUCUGACGUUUCCGAUGCUGCCGACCGCCUCUACGCCCGCAGCUCCGGUACCAUCAACCCUUCUGCCGACGGUCAGCGAUACGACCAGGGCGCCUAUGAUGUGCUUUCGACCUUCUUGAGCGGCAACGGUUUCACCUCUGUUGACGCCAUCGAGCAGCCCAACGAGAAGAACGACGUAUUCUCGCACCCCCCGUGGCUCAUCCAGGAUGGUAUGCGUGGCGGACCCGUCAAGUCUUACCUCCCCCUUGUUGAGAACCUGUCCAACUUCAAGCUGAGCCUGAACACCAAGGUCGUUCGCGCUGUCCGUGACAGCACCUGGGUCUCUGGUGUCGAGGUUGAGCUCGAAGAUGGAUCUUACCAGAUCAUCAACGUUACCGAGUCUACUGGAAAGGUCAUUCUCGCUUCCGGUGCUCUGUCCACUCCCAGAAUCCUCUUCUACAGUGGUAUUGGACCCACUGAGCAGAUUGAGGCUGUCCCUACCGACAUCACCCUGCCUGACUCCUCCGAGUGGAUCAGCCUUCCCGUCGGACAGGGCAUCAAGGACCACACCAUCAUCACCAUCACCCUCGCUACCAAGACUUCCCUGAGCGCCCUCGCUUCCACCAACUUCACGUCUCCUGAUGAUGAGUCCGUCGAUCUGUUUGCUCAGGGCUCCGGUCUCUUGACCCAGGGUGGACAGCGCCUCAACUUCUGGACCUCUGUCGUCUCUCCCAGCGAUGGACUCACCCGCUACAUGCAGGGCACUUGCAACUCUCCGUCUGACGACACCAUCAAGAUCAAGCUCUACGUUACCCACGGUCUGACCUCUUCCACUGACCUUGUCCUCGACUCGACUGGCGCGUCCACCACGCUCUCUGGCUCCCCUUGGCUCCAGACCCAGGGCGAUAUCGAGGCUUACCAGGUCAUGUUUGACCGCCUCAUUGAGAUGACCAGCGCCUCCAACUCGACCUUGACCCUGCAGUACAGCGAUGGAACUACCGUGUCUUCCAACGUCACCGGCUCUUCUUACUACGAGGACGUUUCGUCGACCUACACCACCGGCUCCCACUUUGUUGGUAGUGCCAAGAUGGGAUCUGACGAUGGCCGUACUGACAACGGUACUGCUGUUGUUGACCUAAACACCCAGGUCUACGGUACUGACAACCUCUUUGUCGUUGAUGCUUCUUUCCACCCUGACCUGCCCACUGGUAACACCCAGGCGAUUGUCAUGGUUGCCGCCGAACAGGCCGUCAGCAAGAUUCUCGCCCUCAGCGGUGGCAGCGUCAGCAGUGGCAACGGCACCACCACCGGCUCUUCUGGUAGUGGAAGCUCUUCCGACAGCGGCAAGGGCAGCAAGUGCAAGCGCGCCGCCAAGGCCCGCCGCGAGGCCGCCAUCAAGGAAAGAGAUCUCAAGGAGAAGGCUGCUGCCUCGACGCGGAGACAGAUCCGUGGUCUCAUUCGCAAGCCUUACAACAAGAGAAUGGCUAGCCGCCGCACCACUCUGGGCCACAUGUAA